CUGUUGUGCCCGAAGAGCUUCAAAGACUGCGUCGCCCCACAAAUUCCGUCAAAAGAGGCAGCCACAACAAAAAAGCUGUUGCCCAACAUGGACGAAGGGAUCCCUCGUUUGCAAGAAAGGCAGUUACUGGAGCAUAGGGACUUCAUAGGACUGGAUUAUCCGUCCUUGUAUAUGUGCAAACCCAAGAGAGGCAUGAAGAGGGAUGAGAGCAAGGAAACAUACAAACUGCCGCAUAGAUUGAUAGAGAAGAAAAGACGGGACAGGAUUAAUGAGUGCAUUGCUCAGCUGAAAGAUUUAUUACCUGAGCAUCUGAAACUGACAACACUUGGGCAUCUGGAGAAAGCUGUAGUUUUGGAAUUAACUUUGAAACACUUAAAAGCUUUAACAGCCUUAACCGAACAACAACAUCAGAAGAUAAUUGCUUUACAGAAUGGGGAAAGAUCUUUGAAGUCUCCUCUGCAGUCCGACCUGGAUGCUUUUCAUUCGGGAUUCCAAACAUGCACCAAAGAAGUCUUGCAAUACCUCUCCAGGUUUGAAAGCUGGACUCCCAGGGAGCAGCGAUGCGCCCAGCUCAUCAACCAUUUGCACUCAGUUUGCAUGCGGUUCCUGCCAAGCCCUCAGCUCUUGACUCCAAAGGUUUGUGGGAGCAAAGGACCAUGCUCCAGCUCCUCCACUUCUUCAUGUGGGCAGCAAGAUCACACCGGCCCAAAACUGGAAAGCCAGCCAAACUGUGUACCUGUCAUCCAGAGGACCCAGAAUAGUAGCAGCAGCGGUAAUAACAGCAGCAACAACAACAGCAGCAGCAGCAGCCAGCAUCAUCCCAACAGUAGCGUGGAGCUUGGAGGGGAGAACGACACAGACACGGACAGCGGCUACGGUGGGGAAUGCGAGGGGAGGCCGGAGGGUGAGAAAAGCCAAGGCCAUGGGAUGAUCAAGCAGGAGCCCUCUGGGGAAGAGGCAGCCCCAGCGGCCAAACGGUUGAAGCUGGAUUGCAGCAGCAGUAGCAGCAACCCUUCUGCAAUGCUGAGCCCAGACCAAGCCACCGCCGCUGCCGCCCUCCUGAGACCUGAUCCAGCCCUGCUCAGCUCCCUGGUGGCGUUUGGUAGCUUAGGGGGAGGGGGUGGAGGAGGGGGGUCUCCCUUUGCUCAACAACCUGCUGCUCCUUUCUGCCUGCCUUUCUACUUCAUCUCCCCCUCAGCAGCAGCUGCCUACAUGCAGCCCUUCCUGGACAAGAGCAACCUGGAGAAAUAUCUCUACCCAGCUGCUGCUGCUCCCAUUCCCUUGAUCUACCCAGGGAUUUCAGCUCAGGCUGCUGCAGCAGCGGCGGCGGCGGCUGCAGCUGCCGCCGCCACGGCUGCCUUCCCCUGUCUUUCCUCAGUGUUGGCACCAGCAGAGAAAGGCAGUUCAGCUUCAGCAAGCACCUCGGCCCUCCUCCCUGCUGAUGUGGCUUCUCCUGCUCAGCUGCUUCCACAUCCCUUUACCUGCAACCCAGCUGGGCUCAACGUGGACAUGGAUCUCCCUUCCCAAGAAGAGCCUUUGCAGUCCGGAGAGGAAAAUCCUUGAGAGACUCCUGUAGCGUAUACGGCAUUUAUAAUGAAACCCACAUGGAUCAUGCUUCCUGCUUAACAGCAAAGAUCCAUCAUGUGCAAGAAUGAGACGCAAGCAUCUCUCCCUCUUUUAAGGGGAAACUUACUAGGCUGACCAUUUUAUUGGCUCUUUCUUUUAUUUAAACAAAAAUUA